AUGGAAACUACACAAGAAGAACCCUCUCCUUCCAACACUCACACUCCAAACUCCACCAACACCGACGCACAAACCAACAACAACAACCACAUCGACGACGAAGAAGACGAAGACGAAGAAGAAGAAUACGAUGAAAUCGACGACGAUGACGAAUCGAAUCAACAAAUUCCUCAAUCCGCAGAAUCCAAAUUACGAGAGCAUCGUUUCAGACUGGAAGCCUUUUCCCGUCGAUUAACAACGGAGCUAGUCCCAAUCCGAGUCCACGACGUAAUAAUAAACGGAAACACGAAGACGAAGGAUUGGAUAAUCGAAGCCGAACUCAAUGGAAUCGAGAAAGCCACUACAAUGCAGGAACUCAUGCAAGCUUCGCAAAUCGCUAUUUCAAGGCUUCAAGGGCUUGACAUCUUUGAUUCUUGCAAUGUUAAGCUCGAAGCUGGACCUGGAGAAUUGCCAGGCACUGCUAAUGUUAUCGUCGAUGUUGUUGAGACUGAGAGCAAACUUUCUGGUGGAUUUGGUGUUUAUAUGAAACCCUCGGUUAGUACAUGGACUUCUGAAGGAACGGUUAAGUAUAAGAAUAUUUUUGGUUAUGGUGAUAUAUGGGAUGCUUCUUUAGCCUAUGGUGGCAGCCAAGCGACAGAGGUGAGCUUAGGGGUGUAUGCCCCUCGCCUCAAAGGGGUUUUAACUCCUCUUGUGGCACGAGUGUUCAUGCUUUCUCAAGAUUGGCAGGAGUUUUCAUCGUACAAAGAGCAGUUGUUAGGCAUGUCUCUUGACUUGAUAUCUACAAAGCACCAAGACUUAGUAUACACUCUUGGAUGGCGUACCUUAACAGAUCCAUUGCAAAUGGCAUCGAAAUCUGUAAGGAGACAGCUGGGCCACGGUUUACUCUCGUCUUUGAAGUAUACAUUAAAAUUUGAUAGGAGAGAUUCACCUAUUAGGCCUACAAAAGGAUAUGCCUUUGUUUCCACCACUCACUUUGGUGGUCUUAUACCGGAUCACCGGAGCUCACGGUUUCUGCGCCAGGAGUUUGAUGCUCGCCUUGCUGUCCCUUUUGGAUUUUAUAAUACAGCACUGAACCUUGGCAUAUCUGCUGGGGUUGUGUUUCCAUGGGGCCAAGGGUUCAGGACCAAGCCAUCUCCCCUGCCCGAAAGGUUUUAUUUGGGUGGUGAUUUCUCUCCAGUUUGCACCCUAGGAGGACCAACAACAUUAUGGGGAUUUAAAACUAGGGGAGUAGGCCCUGCUGAAUUGCGGAGGCAAACAAGAGAUGAAUCAAAUGAUGACAGUGGUGAUUCGUCUAUGCAUGACUUCAUUGGGGGAGAUCUUGCUGUUACUGCCUUUGCAGACCUCUCUUUUGAUCUUCCUAUUAGGUGGUUGAGAGAGAAAGGAAUACAUGCACACGUAUUUGCUGGUUGUGGGAAUGCUGCUAAAUUAACUCAGAGCGAAUACAUGCAUUUUUCUCCUCGGAAGUUCUUAGAUUCCUUUCGGCUGUCUGUCGGAUGUGGAAUUGUUAUUCCUACUAGUUUCUUCCGCUUAGAGGUUAACCACUUCCACAUUCUUAGGAAGGAUGAGCAUGAUCGUGGGAAGACUGGAUUUAAGUUCAGCUUCUCAGCUCCUAUGUAG